AUGGUGGCAAACUUCCCUUGGCAGCAUUUCAUUAACCAAAUGCUAGCCACCCAAGGGAACACCAACAACAAUCCGGGCACAAGAGCAGAAGAAGAUCUUGCCAAACCAUAUAAGCCAAGCAAUUUGUCCGGUUUUUCUCAGCAAAUUGUUGACUAUGAUUUCCAAACCCGUAUCAAAAUGCCAUCUCACAUAAGAACGUAUGAUGGAACGGAAGAUCCCGAAAAUCACCUCCAAAUUUUCACCGGGACUGCAAGAAUUGAGAAGUGGUCCAACGUCGAGUGCUGCCUUAUGUUUAUGCAAACCCUUGUAGGGUCUGCCCAAAUCUGGUUCAAUGACCUACCAGACAGAAGCAUUCGAACCUUCAAUGAUUUGAGCAAAGGCUUCUUGGCUAACUUUUCACAACAAAUGAGGUAUGUCAAAGAUACAACCAUGAUCUUUCAAAUCAAGCAAAUGGAUUAUGAAACUCUCAGAGAUUUCAUCGAAAGAUACAAGAAAAAAGGGUUGACAUACAUGGGAGCUGACGAAAAGAUGAGGGUUGCAGGGUUUAUGAAUGCGAUCACCUCCAAGUAUCUCACUAGAUACUUCAACAAGUGCCUGCCCAAAACCCUUGAAAAAGCCCUUGAAAGGGCUGAAGCUCACAUCCGGGGGGAGGAAGCUGUCGAUAUCAAGGAACAAAGAAAAAGGGGUCCUAGCUGGAGGAGUAACAGCCCCAACAGAAAAAGAAGCAACUAUGGUUCUUAUGACAAAUGUUCUAGGAACUCAGACCAACGAAGGUCUGAAGGCAGGAACCCUUCAAGUAGGGAGAAGGCUGUGAACUUCACAGCCUUAACUAAAACUCCGCAGGAAAUCCUUGCUACUAAAGAGGUAAAGGAUUGCUUCCAACCACCCAGACCUUUGCCCAAGAGCAAAAGGAAUGAACACUCCACUCAAUUUUAUGAGUUCCAUGAACAAAAAGGCCAUCACACCAACGACUGUUUUCAACUCAAGAAAAGAAUUGAGGAAGCCGUUAAGUCUGGAGAACUUGCCCACUUGGUUAAAGGGGUGAAAAACAAAAUGGCUGAUGGAAAAAACAAAGAGGUAAACAUGGUGAACUUUGAUGAGUAA